UCUUUUGGCGAGUGAGUUGCGAGUUGCAAGUUGUUGUGAAAUUCUUAGAACUGAAUUUGUAUUCCCGGUAACGUGUUAAAAGUAUAGUGUACUUUCUGUGCGGCUUACAACAUCCGAAGUUUUAAAUUCUUUUAAAAAUGUCCGGGAGCAAUCGCCAAAGCUCGUCGUCGUCGUCAAGCUCCGGCAAAAGGAAGUCAAGUGGUUCACCCCCGCGUGGAAGGAAGAGCACAGCGGGGGCGGAUGAGACUCACUAUGUUGAGAAAAUUUUGAAAAAACGCUACGUAAAUGGGCGAGCUCAACUAUUAUUAAAAUGGCAGGGUUAUUCAAUGGAAGAAAGUACGUGGGAGCCCAUCGAGAACUUAACCGGCGAUUGUAUGCGAAUGUUAGCUGACUUUGAGGCCGAAUUGUUUGCAGAACAAUGUUGCAGAAUAGACGCAUCCAUGAUAUACUGA